AUGUUUGAGGAUUCGGAAGAAGGGUCAAAUAUCACGAUGGCGCUGACUCUGAAUAGACAGCUGGCUACAAUUGUUUGCUUUCUGAUGACCUAUUCAACCGCAUCGAAUGAGAUAUGUGGUAACUACGUUACUUAUUCUGUAACAAGCAGAAGAAAUGCAACAGGUUACAGAGAAGUAUCAAGUGAUCUGCUGGCAGUACAAGAUGGAGUAGCACCAGACGUUCGGCUGGAAUUGCAGCAAAAAUCAUGCGUCACGGAAGGCAUUCGCCGACUGCUCAUAAAAACAUUUAUUGGCUUACCUGAACCUCGAUUACCACCACCUGGGUACGAGCUGGUACCUGAGCUGGGCUGGUACCGUCUGCACCUGACGCCACUCACCUGGGAGGAGGCGCGCCAGGCGUGCGUGGCAGAGGGCGCGCAUCUCGCCGUCCUCAACUCCCAGGAAGAGGCCGACGCCCUCAAGGGGAUCUUCGCGAGGGCGCCGGCUCAGAUCCCCGGUGCUACGUAUCAUCACGUAGCUAUUAUAGGCUUUUCGGAUUUGGUCGAAGGAAAAUUUUACACUAUAUUCGGUGAAACGCUGGAGCAAGCUGGAUACGCUGUAUGGGGCACUGACCAGCCCAACAAUGCGAAAGGAAAUAAAGAUUCGGAAUCAGAUUGCGGAGGAAUUGAACGAACCGGAAAGCUGAACGACUUGCCGUGCCGCUCUGUGAAUGCGUAUUUCUGCGAGUUCCCGCUCUGAAGAGCACGAUAAAUAGCCAAGAAGAAUAGUUAUUUUUCUUAAAAGUAUUUAACAGAAGCUGUUCAGUGCAAGGAGAGCAAUUAUUAUUUACAAGCAGAGUAGCGACUCAUGAGCGUGCCAUUACUGACGAUGACAUAAUAGACUGUUGCCUCGUGCAAUAUACAUUUUAUCUCAUCCAAUCCUUUAUUUAACACAUUUAUAUAUUUUGUAACUUUACAACUAUGUAAUUAAUGGUAUUAUAUAAAGUUAGGCAGCAUUCUAUAUUACGUCAAAGGAAUGGAGUCAUUUUAACUACUGUUAGAAGGAUAAAAUAAUGGGAAUUAAUUUACUCCAAUUACUUUCUUAAAAUAGCGAGAGAGAGCAAUCGAAAAGGUAAAGAAAGUUAUGUUUCUAAUUUUAACAAUUUACUUAGAGGAGUAGGUCAGGUACUCACAUAUUUUGGUUUUCAUUGGGUUAAAUUAUUAAAGAAAUAUAUUCAUAAUUAAAUUUGUUCAAAUAAAUGGCCUCCCCGGCCAAUUAUUUUAACACAUUUAAUUAUUGAAAUGCAUUUUUACUCAGUAACAUGGUGACUAUUUGGAUUUCUUUACGACUGCAGAACAUAUUCUCCGACCGUAAUUGCAUCUAAGAAGGUGACGGGAAAGGUGACAAUUGUAUAGAAAAAUUGAUAUUAAACAUAUAUUUUUUUCUGUUGAAUCAGUGUGAUUUAAGACAAUCAAUAGAAUUAUUCAAUACGUAAUCAGUAAAUUGCAUUACGUAUAAUUUUAAUUAUACAAAUAACUUUUUUAUAUCCUAAAGGCAACGUUUCCCGAACUUAAUUGAUCCUAACGUCGGGUACAUAGGUUCAGUAAAUACGACAAAAUUAUUUUACGAAAAACAAUAAAAUCUUUUAAUGGGGAAAUUUCAAGCAACACAUACAAAUACUAAAUUGAGUUAUGAAGAGACACUCACAUUACCAUGUUUCAAAACUUGUUUUUUUAAAUUCAAAAUAUGCUCGUAUAAAAUUAUAAAAACUUUCGAUUCGAAUUUAUUAUUUUAUUAUUUUUUUUAUAAAUAAAGUUCCAGAAAUGAACAUGAUGUGUAUUCUUGGAACUUUGUGUAAAAUUAACGGAUUUUCAAAACCAAAUUACAGAGAAAGCUGAAUUCUGUAUUUUAAAAUUGUGUUUAACUUUUCAUAUAUUUCUAUUAUGUUAAUUUGUUUCAUAUUCUUUGUUGUAUUCUUCGUACUUUUAGGUCAAUAAGUGAGUGGAAAAUUAUUUUUCCAAUAAAGUUGAAAGUCUUUUUUAAAAUACAAGACGAUAUUUUUUUUGGCGUCACUUCUUAUUAGUAAAUUAAAUCACUCAUAUAUACAUCCAUCAUAACAGUUGGC